GAGUUGUGUGACAUAGGAUCUUAUAUGUUAUUUCCCCAAACUUGAAGGGGCAAACGAAAUAGAAUUUCUUUCACUAAAGAAAAUAAAUUAAAGCAGGGUGGCAAUUGACAAGAAAUUUCUGCGUACUUUGAAAAGUCAAACAUCAUCUUCUUCUUCCACUUAACUCGCCGCGCUUGCAGAACCUAUUUUACAGAUUCAUUUUCAAUAUUCUGUAUAUGGGUUUUGGUUUUGAGAAUGGAAAGUUUCUUCAGGAUGAUGCCUUUUUUCUUCUGCUUUCUACUUAUUGCAAAUGUAUCAGAACUCAAAGCUGCACAAGAAAAAUGCCUGACGAAAAGGUGCAAACACCAAACCAUCCGGUUCCCUUUCCAACUAAAAGGGCUGCAGCCAGACCACUGCGGAUAUCCAGGCUUUGAAUUAUCCUGCACAAAGGAAAAGCAGAUGGUACUGGAGCUGCCGCACAAUGUCAGCAUGGUGGUGAAGCAUAUAGAUUAUAAAGCACAGAGGAUUCAGUUAUCCGAUUCGGGAGGUUGCCUUGCGCUGCAGCUUCCUAAUCUUAAUUUAACUGCAUCUCCCUUCCAGCUUAUACAACCAUACGAGAAACCAAAAAAAUACACUGUUUUCAAUUGUUCAAGGGAAGAAAAUUGGAAUUAUCAUUAUACAAGGUACUACAAGGUUCCUUGCUUAAGCAGUCCGGAAUUUCAAGUUCUAGCUAUUCCUUCUGAUUCUAGAAGUGCCCCUAACUUGGUGAAUUGCAGCAUAACAUUGCUGAACAUUUCCAAGACAGAAGUAUAUGGAGAUAUGUUCUAUUACCACACAGGUGAUGUUGACUUGCGCUGGUCCCAACCAAACUGCAGUGAAUGUGAAGCAGUAGGCAGGAAAUGCAAAUUGAAGAUUGAUAACACGCAGGACGAAACAGAGUGUUUUGGUGCCACCAAGAAACAAAGAGAUAGGCGAAAAAUUCUAUUGGUUAUGAGCAUAAUUCUGGGCUCCUGUCUUCUUGGAUUGAUUCUCUUUGGACUUUAUCGUAUUCACCGCUCACGUAAAGCAGCAAAAGAGGCCCAGCUCAAGAUUGAAAAGUUUUUGGAGGAUUAUAGAGUGCUCAAGCCCUCAAGAUACUCUUACGCUGACAUCAAGAGAAUAACAGAUCAAUUCAAGGACAAAUUAGGAGAAGGGGCCUAUGGAACUGUUUUCAAAGGAAGGCUUUCCAAUGAUGUUUUGGUCGCAGUUAAGGUCCUCAACAAUUUCAACGCAACUGGCGAGGAGUUCAUUAACGAAGUGGGAUCAAUGUGCAGAAUCCACCAUGUCAAUGUUACUCGCUUGAUUGGAUUUUGUGCUGAUGGAAAUAAGCGGGCUCUUGUUUACGAGUACAUGCUAAAUGAGUCCCUAGAGAAGUUCAUAUUUGUAGCUAAAGAAGAAGAUCACCACCUUGGUUGGGAGAAGCUUCAAGAUAUUGCUCUGGGGAUAGCCAAAGGAAUUGAGUACUUGCAUCAUGGUUGUGACCAGCAAAUCCUUCAUUUUGAUAUCAAGCCUCACAAUAUCUUGCUAGACAAAAAUUUCAAUCCAAAGAUAUCUGAUUUUGGUCUAGCAAAACUGUGUUCUAAGGAACAAAGUGCUGUUUCCAUGACAGCAGCUAGAGGAACCAUGGGAUAUAUUGCACCUGAGGUAUUGUCUAGAAACUUCGGAAAAGUUACACAUAAAUCAGAUGUUUAUAGUUUUGGAAUGCUAUUGUUGGAAAUGGUAGGAGGGAGGAAGAAUGCUGAUGCUACAGUGGGGAGUACGAGCCAACUUUAUUUUCCGGAAUGGGUGUAUAAUUGCUUGGACAGAGGAGAAGAGCUGAGGAUUAGAAUAGAAAAUGAAGGGCAUGCCAAGAUAGCAAGAAAACUUACCAUUGUCGGACUCUGGUGCAUUCAGUGGUGUCCAGCAGACCGUCCAUCAAUGAAAGCUGCGAUUCACAUGUUAGAAGGAGAAGUAGACAGUUUGACAGUGCCGCCAAAUCCCUUCGGCCAUGCAGAUGCAGUGCAGAUGAGUGCCAACAUACCUAGGAAACCAAAUAACAGAGAACUACCAGUUAUCUUUGAAUUGGAAUAAAAUACUUUUACGUAUUCAAAUUCAACACAACUAUUGUCCUCUAAAUAAUUGGACUAUAUAAUGUAAACCAAGUAGUUAUUUUCCACUUUUCCUAUCCCUUCAUCCAUAUCAAAGUAAAGAUGUAACCUCGAGUCCUGAAAGUUUUAUAGAAUCAUUAAAAAGACUUGUAUCAACUGAACCAGCUAUCAUGCAAAUACAGAAUGUUUUUACAGGGAAGGAUUUUUCUUCUUUAUUUUUUUGAUUUUUUUAUCUGUAUUCCAGUAGAUCAACAUUUUCC